ACGGCAUGGCAUGGUGUGUGUGCUCGAUCAGGAUCGCCCUGAUGUGAACGGGAAAGGUUUUUCAAAUGCUCAACCACUAGGCAAUGCUUAAACUAAUGCGCGAGACGCUCGCAUUGACAUUGCCACAGUCGUGACGUGCCGUCCUAUAAAUCUGGCCGUCGAUCGCCAAGGUUUCUCCAAGCAGACCAACAAGCAGCAGCAGUAGCACUGAUCGAGCUGGCAGCACACACAGCGGCACAUCCCACCGAGGAAGAAACCAUCGCCGUCGCGUCAGCGCAACCCCAAGAAACCAAAGCAAGCGAGGCGGCAGCUAGCCAUGGUGAAGACGGCGGCGGCGAAGCACGGCGCGAAGAGGACGUACAAGGGCGUGCGGAUGCGGAGCUGGGGGUCGUGGGUGUCGGAGGUGCGGGCGCCGGGGCAGAAGACGCGGAUAUGGUUGGGGUCCCACUCCACCGCCGAGGCCGCGGCGCGGGCCUACGACGCCGCGCUGCUCUGCCUCAAGGGCUCCGCGGCCGCGGCGGACCUCAACUUCCCGCUCCGCCUCCCGUUCGACCUGCCGCCCGCCGCCAUGUCGCCCAAGGCCAUCCAGCGCGUCGCCGCCGCCGCCGCGGCCGGGGGCGGCGCGGGCUUCGCGGCGUGCGCCGCCGACAAUGCCGAUAGCGCGUGCAGCGGCACCACCCCGGCGUGGAGCGGCGGCUCGCCCAGCCGCAGCGACGACGCCUCCGCGGUCAGCUCCCUGGAGUCCACGGUGAGCAGCGAGAGCGAGCUGCCGGCGGCCCACCACUACGGCGACGCCGACGCCGACGCCGACGCGGACUACUACAGCUCGCUCGCCGACAUCGACGCCUUCUUCCAGUCGCCCAAGUGCAUGGAGUACGCCAUGAUGGACCCCUGCAGCGCCUUCUUCGCGCCGGCGCCGGUGGCGGCCGACGACGCCUGCUGGGAGGAGGAAGGCGACCUCGCGCUCUGGAGCUUCUCCACUCUCGACUGCUGAAGCGGCGUCAGAGAAAUGGGAGCCAUAAUUCAGUUACUGACCAAUCGCCGAUCAGGUGACCAAGAAGAACACCGGUCAUCGUUGGCACGAAAAAGUAUAGUUAAAUUCCAUUAUAUAUAUAUAUAUACUAUUUGAUCAUUCAAAUUCAAUGUAAACAAUUGUAAUAAGCUAAUUAUAGUAAUUAUGCAUUGUAGGGGGAGCUCUCAUGGAGCUCCAUGUUUUAAGGUAGCUUCCAUGGAGUUAACCUCCCUACAGUUGCUUGUUAUCAGUAUUCAGUAAAGGGCAAAAGGCAGCUUUAUUGGAAGUACAAUUGACUGUUAUGAGUAAUUCUUUUUAGAGCACAAAGUACUUGUAUA